AUGUCGAUGUCAACUUCCAAAAAUGUCGACGCAUACAUCCACAUCCUCCCAGCCCUCGAGCACGUCCGGCCCCCACCCUCGCCCAUCAUUCUCAAGCAAGCAGAGUCGGUUUUUAUUUGGUGUUACAUAGGUCGAGCUUUAGAAAAGAAGAACGGUCAAAAGACUCAAAACCCAUCCUCCCUGGCUCCAUCCACAGCGCUGGAUCGCUACAUGAGUGGAACCCCGAGGAAUUGCUCGUCUGAAACCAAUCUCUGGGAGGAUUUAAGGCUCUUUGGAGAGAUGACCUAUAGCAUUUCGUCUACCCUCGCGUCUGUGAAGCUGCGUCAACCUCCGGGAAUACGUGCUUUCGACGCUCCUCCAGGCUUUACCGUUGUUCCAAAAUUAAUUGUCCAAACGCUCGCGUCUGAGAGGACGAUGUCGUUUACUACGUCUAACGACGAAUUGGCACUUAGAUCAAAGAGGAGGAUGGAACACCCUCGCGGUACGCCUGUUUUUACACAAUACACGAAACACUUUCAGAACAACAAGAAGAUUUGCUCGAUAAAGCGAUUAUCCGGAUGCGCACUUGCAGCCGCAGCUGGCGCAGGAGCAGCUACACAUGGAAUCAACGUGUCAAAACCAGUCAACGCAGAAAAUUUAGGUUUGUGGACUUACUCCUGGGCGCAACCGCAGGAAGAGUGGUCGCCGCAAGCAGCGUUGGCGAGAGCAGAGGUGUUCUACGAAAGCUGGUUAGAAGGCAAACUCGGAGUCAGCCAGCGAGAAACGUACGGAGAUCAUGAUGAUGGUUGGUUUGAAUUCAGUUGGGUACUGGGUUCUGAAGAGCCUGAGGUCAAGUCAAGCCGCUAUGGGUACUGUAUCUUCUUUGAUCAUCAGUACCUACGUCAAUCACACCCAGCCCAGAGGUGA